AUGUAUUUAAAAGUAGCUUUCAUAUAUGGUUUUUAUCCUGAAAACAAUUAUAAAUAUUUUUAGUACAUUUUGAGAAAAUAUUAGACAUAUUUCGACCAUCGAAGUAAAAUGAGUGAAAAUAUUAAAGUUGUUGUUCGAUGUCGACCGAUGAACCAAUGUGAAAAAGAACGAAAAUGUCAAAACAUUGUUGAAAUAAAUGGAUUUGCAGUUUCCGUAACUAAUCCAUCAGCUCGGAUUUCUCAAAAAAAAAAAUUCAUUUUUGAUAGUGCUUAUAAAAUGGAAACCAAUACUGAAGUGAUUUACGACGAAAUGUGUUAUUCAUUAGUAGAGAGUACUAUCGAAGGAUACAAUGGAACCAUUUUUGCCUACGGCCAGACAGGUUGUGGAAAAACUCACACAAUGCAGGGCGACGAACUUUUUAGCAACAAGAGUGGAAUAAUUCCCAAAUGUUUUGAUCACAUAUUUGAAACGAUAUCAAUGGCAACAAAUGUCAGAUAUUUGGCAUUAGUAACGUAUUUGGAAAUUUACAACGAACGUAUUCGAGACUUACUUAAUAAAAAUGAAAAUACGAGCUUGAUAAAUCAUUCCCUUAAGGAAAUACCUGGAAUUGGUGUUUCAGUCCCAACGCUUACCACGCAACCUGUUGUCAAUGCAAACCAAUGUUACGAUUGGCUACAUUUUGGAAAUACAAAUCGUGUUACUGCAGCUACAUUAAUGAAUAAGCAUAGCUCACGAUCCCACACUAUAUUUACUAUUACUUUGGAACAAUCUCCGUUUUUUAAUAGUAUGGUAUCGGAGGAUGACUUUCGAGGAAUACGUAAAGGAAAACUAAGUUUAGUGGACCUAGCAGGAUCCGAGAAGCAGCAUAAGACUGGUGCUCAAGGAGACCGACUUAAGGAAGCGUCUAAAAUAAACUUAUCACUUUCUGCAUUAGGCAACGUUAUUUCAUCUUUAGUUGAUGGUAAAGCAAAGCAUGUACCGUUUAGGGACUCAAAACUUACACGUCUACUCCAGGACUCUAGAUACUAUUUUGCAAAAUUCUUCAUGGAAUGA